UUCCAAACUGAAAUUUUUGACAUGACUGGACGAGAAUCGAAUCGCAUUAAGGAUGCAGAGAAGAAACGUGUGUUGGAUGCCGCCGCUCGGCAGAGGCGCGUACGCAAAGCACUCGAGGCUUUGGAGCAGGACAACUUUCACGAUGACCCACACGCCGAUCUGGUCAUGUCCAAAAAGCUGCCUAAAUUCCAGGACAGUGUCAAAAACGCCAAGGAGAAGAAGGGCAAGCGCAAGGGCGCAGAGUACUUCAGGGCCAAAUACCGCAAAAACUUCCAGCAACUCCUCGAGGAGGACAAACAAAAGCCCAAUUAUGAAAGUGCAGCAGCGCCAGCUCCCAAUAAACCAGUGCGCCACUUCUGUGCGGUCUGCGGUAACUUCUCGCAAUAUUCUUGCACAGCCUGCGGGACGCGCUACUGCCGAGUGAAGUGCCUGCGCACGCACCAGGACACACGCUGUCUCAAGUGGACCGCCUAAACUUGGUUGUUUUAGUAGUACCUCGGCAAUAAAGUAUAGGAUUAGAUCUAUUGUACAUGAAAAAA